CUAACUAUCUUCAUAAACCUAACUAUCUUCAUAAAAUUCUCUCUGCAUAAUGUGUUCAAUAAUAUAUCUUCAAUAAUAUAUAUUCUUUCUUUUGCCUACACAAUAAAGGGUAGUGGAGCUAGAGGAAGGUGCGGUUGUGGGUGUUAAUCAGUUCUAUAACAAACAAAUUAAUAAUGGCUCUUCGGUUUGAGAUUCUUGGGAGGUUCAACCGGGCUCGUGCAGCUCAAUUAACUCUCCCCCAUUUUGUGAGUCAGACACCUCUGUUUAUGCCUGUGGGUACACAAGGAACAAUAAAAGGUUUGACGACCAGCCAGCUUGAGGAGAUUGGCUGUCAAAUCAUACUUGGUAAUACUUACCACUUGGCUCUUCGACCCACUUCCGAGCUGAUAAGUGAAUUGGGUGGUCUGCAUAAAUUCAUGAACUGGCCAAGGGCUAUGCUUACUGACUCCGGUGGUUUUCAAAUGGUUUCUUUACUGCAUUUGGCCGACAUUACUGAAAAGGGGGUCACAUUUCAGUCACCAGUAGAUGGGAAGCCAAUGCUCUUAACUCCAGAGGAAUCUAUUCAGAUUCAAAAUAGAAUUGGUGCAGACAUCAUUAUGGCUCUUGAUGAUGUUGUUAAAACUACUAUUACUGGACCACGAAUUGAAGAGGCUAUGUAUCGUACCCUUCGCUGGAUAGACAGGUGUAUAGCAGCUCAUAAGAGACCCCAUGAGCAGAAUUUGUUUGGUAUUGUACAAGGUGGCAUAGAUCCUGUAUUGAGGGAUAUAUGUCUUAAAGGUUUGGUGGAGCGUGAUUUACCCGGCUAUGCUAUUGGCGGUCUUGCAGGAGGUGAAGACAAAGAUUCAUUUUGGCGAGUAGUUGCUCAGUGUACAUCUGCUCUACCAGAUGAUAAACCUAGAUAUGUUAUGGGUGUUGGUUAUCCCUUGGAUAUUGUUGUUUGCAGUGCGUUGGGGGCUGAUAUGUAUGACUGUGUCUAUCCCACUAGAACAGCUCGUUUUGGCACAGCUCUUGUACCUGAGGGAGUCUUAAAGCUAAAGAACCAAGCAAUGGCAAACGAUACUCGGCCAAUCGAUCCUACUUGCAAGUGCAUGGUUUGCAAAACAUACUCCAGAGCAUACAUCCAUUGCCUGGUGACGAAAGAUGCUAUGGGUUCUCAGCUUUUGUCCUACCAUAACUUGCAUUACAUGUUGAAGCUCAGCAGGGAUCUUCACUCCUCCAUUGUUGAUGGAAGAUUUCCAGAGUUUGUAUGUCAGUUCUUGCAGAAAAUGUUUCCUAAAGGCGAUGUACCCCAAUGGGUCUGCAACGCAAUGGAGGUUGCCAAAGUCGAUAUUUCAUUGUGUCGUGAUCAGUUAUUCUCUUCCCAUUCGAUCCCAAAUGUGAAGCCCGAAUUAGAAUAGCUGAUCAUCACUAAAACACAAUUGCAAGAUUUACAGAGAAAAAUAAUCCAAAAGAGUAAUAUUUAUCUAGAAGAAGCCAUUGAUUUAGAUAGAUACGAAAGUAUACAGUAAUGGGAAAUUUGCAGCAUAUAUUUUGUUUCAAAUAUGCUGCUGACAGGUAUUAAUAGGAUUUUUAGUUAGUUCUCUAUUGAUACGUCCAAUUUUUUAUAUUAUUAAUUCUAUUUAUUCACACAUAAAGUU